ACUCUUCCCAGCUAUGACUUCUUUUAUAAAAUUAAAAAAGAAAAAAAUUAUAUCAAACCGAUUCCACCAUAAAAAGCGAACAUUUGCUUCGUCACCUUCCAAUUUUCUCUCUUUCUCUUUCGAAUCCAAUUCCGGUUUUAAGCUGAAAGUGGACGAGAAUCAGCGUGAAAAGUAAGCUUCAAUUUUCGAAUAUUCCUCACAGCGUUCGUUCUUAUAGUGAUUUUCGUUUCGGUUCUCUGCGUCCAAAAAAUGUCGAGCGGUUCCGUUAGAAGAGUCUCGCGCCAAGAUAUACAAGUGGUGCAAAAUCUUAUAGAGCGAUGUCUUCAACUGUACAUGAAUCAGAAGGAGGUUGUGGAAACUCUAUUGGAUCAAGCAAAAAUAGAGCCUGGUUUUACAGAGCUUGUUUGGCAGAAGCUAGAAGAAGAAAAUCGAGAUUUCUUCAGGGCUUAUUAUCUUAGAUUGAUGGUGAAGCAACAAAUAAAUGAAUUCAACAGGUUGCUUGAUCAACAGGUGCAGUUAAUGCGUCAGAUGCAAUCAAGUGGAGUUGCUUCACUGCCUACCUCUAAUGGAUCUCAUAUCUCAUCAUUGCACCAGAAUUCAGCUUGCUAUGGCCCAGAGCAUACAGGACCAGCUGUGAAGGCAGAAAAUAUCCACCACCCUAUUGGUUCUGGUUUGCCUAAUGCAUUUACUAAUGGUGUGCCUAAUGCAUUUACUAAUGGUGGAUCAUUGUUGCACCCAAAUAUGCAUGCUGCUGUUCAAAUGCCUGCUCAUUCUAGUAGGAUUGAUGCCCCACCAAAUAUGCUAUCUGCUCAGAGCUCAAACUUGGGUAUGAUUCAAGGAAUAAAUGGUGGGAUAAUCAAAUCAGAAACUGGAUAUUCUGGCAGUUCCUCUUACAUGUUUGGCUCUGAUGGAAAUGUCCUGGAAUUGCGUCCAACAAUUGGGGAUGCAUCUGUUGCAUCUUUCCCCAGUGUAGAGUCUAACUCACAACCCCUGAAUGAACAAAUUCUGGAUAUGGAAUCUUCUUCUUUUGGAUAUUUAGGCCAGAUUCCUCGAAAUUUCAGUCUCUCGGACCUGGCAGCAGACUUUUCUCAGAGUUCUGAUAUACUGGAGACUUACCCUCGAUCACCUUUCCUAGCAACAGAUUCAGAAAGCUUUCUCGAUUCUCGUGACAGAGAACAUCAAGACAAUAAAAGGUUGGAAUCUAUAUCAGAGGGCUUGAGUUGUGAAGACUUUGGGAGUGAAUAGUGAAUAAGCUAUAUCUACUGGUCUGCUAUUUGAGGUCUAACAAGAACCCAAGGAUAGAAGUGUCUGUACAUAGCAUUGUAGAAUUGGAGAGACUGGAUUUUAAAUUCCUUGAAGGUAUUAAUUGGUGUGUAGAAGCUCAUUGACGUUAUGUAUUGGUAAGAAUCUACAUUUGGAGUGCUUCUGUAGGAAAAGAAUUUGGGGGGAAGUUAAAACUGAUGUUGAAAAUAGGUUUUCAGUGACCAUGAGAAGGUGAUCUUACUGCACAGUCUGUGUCACAGAAACAAAUAUUGGUACUUUGGUAUGAUGAUGAUAGAUUUGUGGAUAAUCUUUACUAUCCUUUCAUUAGAAUUAGAGGUUGACAGUUGACAAGGACGUAUGGAUGCGUCUAAGGAUCAAAAUCUUCCAUGUGGAUUUUAAAGUUUUAGUAAUGUCUCUUAUACCCAGUGCAAUAAGAAUGUAAAUUGGAUAACAUGUGCUUCAUGAAACAUUUGAAAAGGCUUUCUUCUUCGUUGA